UCGUAAAGAAAGCUUUCAAAUGUCGUAAAAAGUGUCAUUUUCCAGCUAGAUUUCCCAGGUCUGCUACUAGCUACAUUUCCAUUAUCAGUGAAAUGGCCUCAGCUCCAGCACAGCAGCCCACCCUCACUGUUGAGCAGACCAGAGUGGUACUGAGUGAAGUGAUCCAGGCCUUCUCGGUGCCAGAGAACGCUGCGAGGAUGGAGGAAGCUCGAGAAAGUGCCUGCAACGACAUGGGCAAGAUGCUGCAGCUGGUGCUCCCUGUGUCCACCCAGAUCCAACAAGAAGUCAUCAAGGCAUACGGCUUCAACAACGAAGGAGAGGGUGUCUUAAAGUUUGCCCGAUUGGUGAAGAUGUAUGAAACCCAGGACCCUGAGAUUGCAGCCAUGUCCGUUAAACUGAAGUCUCUACUCCUGCCUCCGCUGUCAACACCACCUAUAGGAGGCGCCAUUCCAUCCUCAUAAAACUUUUAUACAUUCAUUUGACAAAUGCAAGGUUAUUUUCAUCAAAUGCUUUGGAUCAACACAGUAAAUGUAGUUCAAAAUCUUGUCCAUCAUCUACUUCAGAAAUAAUGGAACGAUUAGCUUCAACUCAAUACACUAACAUGUUUUAAUAGAUGGAACAUUUCGCUCCAUUAUGAUUUCAUUUAAAAACAUCCUUGCAAAACCUUUUUAAAUUAUUGCUUUUUAAAUGUUUCAAUAUUUAUUUGUUACAUUAUGAGUAUUUCCUUAUGCCACCUAACCUUAAAAAAUGUUUCCAUUAAUGCCACUUUUGUAUAUGAUUUUAGUACCAUUUUUAUAUGCUGUCAGGAAUAUCGAAUGUCAUUAUUUUUGUUGUAUAUUAAAGUCUUUUCUGUGAA